UCGAGUUGACUUCAACAAUAAUUUCUACUCCGAUACAAUUUUUGCAAAAACAAAAUGAGUUCUGGUAAACAUUUGGCCAAAGGUUCUGCCAAGCCUGUCCUGCCUGAUGAUGGUCUCCUCCGUCUAUACUCCAUGAGGUUCUGCCCCUAUGCCCAGCGGGCCCAUCUCGUCCUGAACGCCAAGAACGUGCCUCACCACACCGUGUACAUUAAUCUCGAGAGUAAGCCGGAAUGGUUGGUGGAUGUGAGCGCGCUGCUGAAGGUUCCUGCCCUCCAGUUGGUGGACGAAAAGGAUCAGCCCUCGCUCAUUGAGUCGCUGAUAAUUGCAGAGUACCUGGAUGAGAAGUACCCGCAGAAUCCGCUCCUGCCCAAGGAUCCCCUUAAGCGGGCCCAGGACAAGAUUCUAUUGGAGCGCUUCAGCGGCAUCACCGGUGCCUUCAUGAAGAUCUUGACGCAGAAUACCGGUCUGGAGGACUACUGGACCGCACUGGACAUCUUCGAGCAGGAGCUGACCAAGCGGGGCACCAGCUUCUUUGGCGGCGACAAGCCCGGAUUCGUGGACUACAUGAUCUGGCCGUGGUUCGAGCGCCUCUCCGUUAUCAAGCUUAAGCUGCCGGAGGAGUAUAACUUCGACGAAAAGCGCUUCUCCAAAAUAGCCCAGUGGAUUGCCCUUCUGAAGGAGGAUUCGGUGGUCAAGUCCUUCUAUGCCACGCCCGAGAACCAUAACGAGUUCUGGCGAACCCGAAAGGCCGGCAAUACAAACUACGAUCUGCUGGCUUAGAGUAACUUCUACAAUUAAUUCAAAAAACAUAUUUAAAUAUUUACCUUAACAAAAAUAUUAAAACAAAAAAGAAAUUAAAUACAAAAUAAAUAAAAUCUA